AUGUUUUGGUAUGAACUGAGGGCCCAGUUAGGCGGCAAAGGUUGCGUGUCCCAUUCCCCCCCCCCUUUCCAACGCGGGCCCCAAAUUAAGCACAACGACGUACCUGAAGGACGUCGCCUACACUUUCCCUCUCUCAACUCACUCACUCGCGACUCCCAGCACUCUUUUGAUUUCAUCCGCUGUCUUGUUCUCGCUAAUAUUGUCAAUUCCCGCCGUAUCUCGACUUCCUCCGCUUGCAUUUCGUUGCCCAUCGUUAUCGCCAGCCACGCUUGGCUCCGUUGUUUCUUCCAGACUCCCGCUCAUCGUCGACUCCUCCAAACCGCACCCGUCAUCCUCAUUCAGUCUCGCGUUCCACCGUAUCAUGCGUCCAAUGCCAAUGCCAAUGCCAUCACCGCCGCCAUAAGCCUAGGUACAUCCUAUCUGUGCCAUCUGGCUGGGUAUAUCUCAGUAUCCUCGAUCCCCGAGUUCCCAUCCGUCGACGCAAUCCUCCCUACUUUUGUCCUUGGUUAUCAUUCCGAAAGCUAUCCACUAUUUAGUAGCCACCCCAGAGAUAUCACGAUGGACGGCGACCUAAGCUUAUCGCAGUCCUUGGGCGGAUUGAGGAUAGCUAACCCCGAUGAUUCCUCUCUAAACUCAGAAGAUGCGAUAGGGUCAGGCACACCUACCCAGUCGGUCCCAUCGUCCUCACAAACCAGACUUCCUCCUGACCACGAAUCCACCCACGACUACCUCGGAAGUUCAGUCCACUCGUUACAAUUACACGAUGGGUCUAAAUCUGAGCAUGUACCAGAGUCAACGCCAGACUUCUCGAGUUCAUACAGAUCUCAAAUUCUUCCCCCUGUCGAGACUACUUCCUCCCACCGAAAUGCCGCCUACCGCUCGUCAGUUGCUUACUUACCCGAGAAUCCAAGCUCGAGUCAACACCAUCAGAAUAUACCGCGCUCUGCAUCCACUCAUGUGCAUAACCAUUACGCGAAUGGAUCCGCGUCGGCCGCUGUCCGAGGAGAUUUAAACAACUACCGUAUACGUACCGAUUCUUCCACGUCCGGACCCGAAAAGAUGUCCCGUGCAGACUCGAGAGGCGGUUCCGCGGCCCUUCAAGCCGGAGUGCCAUCAAGGGAUAACAGCCAUAGCGACCGAUCGUAUAAACACGCCCAAUAUCUCGCCGGGAAUGGCCCUGUUCCUAACCGAAAAGGCUCGCGGAUGGGACAUGGCAAUCCCAUAGGUUCGCCCUAUGCGCUGGAAAAUGGUCCGCCUGCAAGUAGCGAGGAAUGGCAGGAUCGGGGAGCUGCAGUCGGUAUAAGGCAAGAAGUGGAUGCCAAUGGAAGGACUGUAUCUCGGUAUAUCAAGAAGGGUGUGCGGGACUUUUCAUUUGGGCAGACCUUGGGCGAGGGAUCGUAUAGUACGGUUUGUCUGGGGACCGACCGCCAGACACUCAAUGAAUACGCGAUCAAAAUUUUGGAUAAGCGACAUAUUAUCAAGGAGAAGAAGGUUAAAUAUGUGAAUGUGGAAAAAGAUGCGUUGAACCGUCUCACCGAUCACCCAGGAAUUGUCCGACUGUAUUAUACUUUCCAGGACGAACGCUCGCUCUACUUUGUACUCGACUAUUGUAAAGGUGGAGAACUUCUUGGAGUUCUCAAGCGCAUGGUGACAUUCGACGAAGAAUGCACACAGUUCUAUGGAGCUCAGAUUCUGGAUACAAUUGACUAUAUGCACAAACGAGGGAUUAUACAUCGAGAUCUUAAACCUGAGAAUAUCCUACUGGAUAGUCAAAUGCAUACCAAGAUCACCGACUUCGGGACCGCGAAAAUCCUUGAUACAUCAAAGAAGGGCGAAGAUGGCUCUGGCGACAUUCCAUCACUGGAUUCAACUGACCCUCCAGAACAAGAGCGAGCAGGCUCAUUUGUUGGGACUGCAGAGUAUGUUAGCCCGGAAUUGCUCACCGAUAAAAACGCCUGCAAGGCCAGCGAUCUGUGGGCUUUUGGCUGUAUCAUCUUCCAGCUUCUUGCCGGCCGUCCACCCUUCAAGGCCGCCAAUGAGUACUUGACUUUCCAAAAAAUCGUUGCUCUGGAGUACGAGUUUCCUACAGGUUUUCCUGCUGUGGCCCGCGAUCUCGUUGAGAGAUUGCUCGUAUUGGAUCCGGCACGUCGUCUCCCCAUCGAACACAUUAAGAAUCACCAGUUCUUUGAUGGAAUCACAUGGGGACGAGGACUGUGGAAGCAGAAAGCGCCACGCCUGAAAGCUUACGUUCCUCCACCACGAGAGCCCAUCAAAUUAUCUGGUGGGGGUGAUGAGGACAACUUUCCUCCGAACAUCUCUUCCGCCGCUUCUGGUGGAAUGCCCACGACGAGAGCGUAUCCGCGCGUAAUCACGGAACUACCUCCUCCCAGUCAACUGGAUAUUGAAUGGUCGCCAGUGCUGAAGAGAGAUAACGAGCGAAUUCUAAAGCUGGGCAUUUUGACUGUCUUGUCUUCUCACGCUUCCCACAGUCCAGGAAGCAACGGGAAUGGAGAUUCGGAAACACACAGGAAAUUCUCCCGGUUCUUUGGCGGAAGUACGACGAAGAAGAAGCAGAGACUUGUGAUGAUUACGUCUCAAGCGCGAAUUAUCCUCACUGCCGCUGGCGGGGACGAGAAAAGGGUAAAACUGGAAAUUUCACUCUUAGCCCCUAAAACGACAUAUAAGAGUACGAUAGAUGCCAAGGGCGCUGCAUCUUGGGUUGUUGACACGCGCGAUAAACAUUUCGUAUUUGAAGAGCCGAAAAGCAGCUCUUCCAGCGCCACCUCAUCGGCCAACUCAAUACAGGAAUGGAUUGAUACUCUAGACCGGGCCAAAGAACUGGCCAUGUCACAACAAAGCAGCACAUACUCUGGCGAUGAAUACCGCGAUCUCUCCUCUGGAUUUUCAAGUCAGGCAAACACAUUAGACCACAGUUCAGACUUACAAACCGAAGUCCAACCGUCUAUGCGAGCAACUCUCCAGAAGAAUUCAGGAGAUAACGAUUCACUCAAAGGAAAGAAGCGAUUCAGCAAAAGACAUUCCAAGAAUGGCCUGGCUGCAGUCUUUUAACCUUAACCAAAAUAACAUCAACGCUCUUUUCGUCUUUUUCUUUCCUUUUAUUUUACUCAUCAUUGAUCAUUGAUACACUUUAUCCCAUUCUGAUACCCUCUUCCUCCGAAAGUUGAACAUUGAAAAAAGAUUGAAAGUUGUUGAAAGUUUGAAAGCUUGGGAUUUCACUAUUUGAUUGAUUGAGCGUUAGAGAAAUUAUUAUGAUGGAUUACUUUUUUAUCAAGUCCUUAUCCAAAGCAUGCGUACCGUUUUCAUCCUUACCUUUUCACCCCUUGACUCUUCCCCUUUCUUGGCCUCUCAUUAUUCUUUCCAUUGCUACCAAUACUUGAUAGCAUAUUGCAUUAUACUGGACCUUCUUUCUUCUCUUCUUUUCUUCUUUGUCUUUUCCUUCUCCUUUAUAUAUCUGCAUAGCAAAUGAGAAUCCCCUCGGCUGGCGUUGAUCUUUUUCUCCAAAUCUCCUGAUAUCGAUGCAUACAAAUUUUGAUUUGUUCUUUUCUGACCUCGUCUUGCUCACUGCCCUUGCUUAGCGGAGGGGACAAGGUAUUUCUUUUUCGAUUUCAACUCGAUCGAUUUGAGGUAUUUAAAGCCAUGCUUGAGUUAUUGGUUGGCGCUGCAUUGGUGGUCUAGGUAUAAUGAAGAUGUUUCGACACA